AUGAAAUUUGCGAAGGUAAAUAAAUACACUAUAGAAGUUAGAAAUUUGAGGGAAAAGAAGGAAUUAUUAUGGAAAGAACAAGAAUUUGUUACAUUACAAUAUACAUUGAAUUUCAUUAAAGUUAACCAAAUCAGUGUCGUUGAUAUACAAAGUAAUAUAUGUCAAGUCACUGUUUCUUAUCAUUAUUAUUAUACACAAUUGAUUAGAGUCGACCAAUUGUCUCCUGUUCUAUUUAAUCAAUUUAAUAAAAGUUUAAUUCCUGCAAUAUCAUAUCUGGGUGUGAAUACUUUAUUCCCAAUAAAAUAUUAUGGUAUGCAAUAUGAUUCAGUGAAUAUACUAUCUAAAGGAAUCGUAGGUAUUGGAAAAUCAUUUCGUCAUUCCGGAGCAAUGAAAAAAAUUGAAGUUUUUAAUGGGAUGGAUAAAGAUGGUGGAGUGGAGAUAAUGAAUACUAACAAAUUUUUGGCUAUCAAAUGGAUUAAUUUAAGUAUUUCUACUUUACAUGAUGAUGAGCCGGAAGAGUAUGCCAUAGUGGCUUGCAUUAUAUACUCCAAUGGAAAUAUAUCAGUUUACUUUGAGAAGAUACCAACAGAAUUUGGAAACAAUGGAGGGAAAAUAAGUAUUACAGAUGGUUAUGAUUAUGCUACAUAUAAUGCAAGUGAGAUUUACACAUUCUGUCUAAAAUAA